UGAAGGGAGUAGGGAAGGGUUGAUAAGGCUGUGGGCGUCGUGUGACUAAGGCAACAUAGGGCACGGGGUUGCCAUGAAGCGAAGACAGUGGGCCGCGUCGCAGCCAGGGAAAACGGGUAGAGGAAGUUGAAGAACCCAGGGAUCCUCCGCAUAAACGAUGGACACAGACUGUUCCCUUCCAGCGCUGCUUCUCCUCCUACUACUGCUGAGGCGCACAGAUGCCACCUUCAUGCUACCAGCACCCAAGAAUGUACGCAUUGACUCAUACAAUCUGCAGCACAAAUUGCUUUGGGAUCCCAUCUUAUUGGAAGGUGUAACAUACACAGUGCAGUAUAAGUGGAAUAGUCAACAGGAGGAUGAAUAUAAUACCUUUUGUAAGAAUAUAAUUGAGCCAGUUUGUGAUUUCACUAAAGAUAUUACAUUUGAGUGGCUUAUUGUCCUAAGAGUUCGAGCAGAACGUGGACUGAUGCAUUCCAACUGGACCGACACUUCUGAAUUCCAAGCAGCAACUCACACCAAACUCGGCCCUGUGAAUUUUCUAACGGUUUCCACCAGGGCGGCAGAAGACACCUCUCUCGAUGUCAGUUUUGAGUCUCCUUUACCACCAAGCACCACCACAGCUGUGUACAGCAUGAAAUAUUUGUUACAGUACUGGAGAAGCGGCUCUGCUGUGAAGACAGAGCUGUGGAUAGAAAAUACAUUCAAUAAACUGACAGAUCUGCAGGCCUCAACUGAGUACUGCGUGAAUGUCACUGCUGUGAUGGAGAUUACUACUGUCAUACCCGAUCUGACUGGGGAGACAAGCCAUGUAGUUUGUGCCAAAACACCAGGAGCUCCAGGUUUGACGGCAGACAAAGUUAUUUUUAUUUCUACGGGACUUAUUAUUCUUUGUUGUAUAUUCACGGGAUUCAGCUAUGUCUUCUCCAGACACUACAGACUGAUCAAAAUGUGGCUAUAUCCCCCGUACAAUAUACCCCCCGACAUACAGCAGUACUUGCAAGAUCCCCCCUGGAAUGGAUUCCUAGAAGAAAGCAAAGAAAUGCAUUUGGCAGAAGAGCAGUACGAUCAUAUUUCCAUUGUGGAAAGUGAAUCCUGACAGAAAAGCCAUUAUUCUUGUAAUGAAGGAACCAUAAAGAAUAAGAAGAAAACAGUUGAGAGGAAGAGGCUGAAAAGGAAGAGGUGUCCCCUCAGCUCUCAAUGUGGUUACAGGUUUAGGGAGCCUUGGGCAUUGCUGGGAACUUUUGUAAAAUACUUUACAAAUCGAAGGUAUCCAACACUCCACAUUAUGAACUAUAACUCCAUGCACAACGCUUGUUGGAAAUGGCGUUUUAACAAUAGCUGGGGGUGGAACCCAUGAAACAUAGAACAUACAGGCUCCUUGAGUCAGGACAAAAAAAAAACACCCACCCCAAAAAUUAUUGGUCUUAAUGUGCACUUUUAGGUGGAUGCCAUUAAAGUCAAUGGUGACUCCUAGCAGUAUAGACUCUCUCUGCUGGCAGAGAAAACGCUCACUGCGGCUAUUGAGAAUGUUCAGCCUUGUGAAACACAAAUUUCAGUAACUUAAUUUAUAUGAAUGUGAAUAUGCAGAAAAGUUCCAUGCACAGAUUCCCAUUUAUUGCACUGCACUUUAAAGGGAACAUAAAUAGCAGAAAAUCUCAUCCAAAAUUGUAUAUUUUUCCAUUAAUUAUGGAAGUAUUGUGACUGUUGUUAAAAAUGUCGUAUGAUUUUAUAAAAUAAACUGACUAAAAUCUC